UUGUUAGCUCAGCCAUUAUUUAAUUUUGCAACACCACAUCCCCUGGGUGUGUCAUGUUUUUCUGAUCUCAUCUCAUCUGCAACAUUUGAGCAGAUUAUCAGUGCAACAUAUCUGAGGAUUGUUUUUGUUUUUAUGCCAGACUCAUUCAUAGAUACAAUAGUUCAGCCGUGCAUAACUGGGAAUGAGGGACUAUGAUGAAAUCACUUCCUUCAUCGGUGAAUGGGGGCCUUUCCAAAAGCUUAUUUUUUUUCUCCUCAGUUUGAGCUCUAUUCCUAAUGGGUAUGUUGGGAUGGCCAUGGUUUUUGUGGCAGAUAUUCCUCCACAUCGGUGUAGGAUUCCCUGGCUGAACACAAGUAGUUUUAGCCUGGACUUGAAUCACUCCAUACCCUUACAGGAGCUGAAUGGAGAGAUUAUUUUAAGUCGUUGUACUCGGUUUAAAGGACAUGUGGACUCCAAUACCAGCUAUAGGAAUCAGACUGAGGGAUGCCUAGAUGGAUGGGAAUUCAGCCAGGAACAAUACACAUCUACCAUUGUGACAGAGUGGGAUCUAGUGUGUGACGAUGCAUGGAAAGCCCCAUUUACCGUAACAAUAUUCUUUUUGGGAGUCGUGUCUGGAUCUUUCUUUUCUGGGAUCAUCUCUGAUAGGUAUGGGAGGAGGUUAAUAUUCUUUGUUACUAUGGCCGUCCAGACUAUAUUUAGUAUACUGCAGGCAACUUCCAACAGCUGGGAGAUGUUCUGUGUCUUCUACUUUAUCAGUGGAAUGGGACAGAUUGCCAAUUAUUGUAGUGCUAUCAUCCUUGGUUCUGAGCUUCUCAUCAAAAAUGUGCGCGUUAACUUUGCGUUACUGGGAGUCCCUAUAUCCUAUGCAUUGGGAUACACUGCUCUACCAAUUUUUGCCUGGUUUAUCCGGAGCUGGAGGAUACUGCUUAUAGCUCUGUCUUUACCUGGGUUUCUUUAUAUUCCUCUCUGGUGGUAUGUCCCUGAGUCUCCACAAUGGCUCUUGUCUCAGGGUAGAGUGAAGGAGGCAGAGGACAUAAUAAGAAUUGCAGCCAAGAAGAAUGGCAUUACUCCUCCAGACUGCAUUUUCCAACAGGAAGCCUGUGAACAACUCACGGAACAUAAAAACAAGGAAAUGUACUCAUGGCUGGAUCUUGUAAAAACAAGAAACAUAAGGAACAUCACUUUCAUCGUUAUUGCAGUUUGGGUUGUCAUAUCCAUGACUUACUAUGGGAUGUCCUUAAACACGGCCAACAUGGAAGGAGAUCCUUAUUUAAAUUGUUUAGUUGCUGCAUCCUCUGAGUUUUUGGGUUAUGGAUAUAUCUGGGUUUUUGUACACUACGUUCCACGGCGAUGCACUCUUCCCUGCACCUUGAUCUUGUCUGGGAUCAUGCUUUUACUCGUCAAGUUCAUCCCUGAAGACCUACAUGCCUUGUAUACGACCCUGGUGAUGAUUGGGAAGACAGGAGUCACAGGAGCAUUUGGAUUCCUCUAUUUGUACAGCACCGAACUCUUCCCCACAGUGGUGCGCAAUAUGGCCUUGGGUGCCACCUCCAUGUCUUCCAGAUUAGGUAGCACUGUGUCACCCUACAUCGCCUACAUGGGUACGUACAACAAGAUACUACCCUAUAUUGUAAUGGGAGGCAGCACCAUAGCUGCUGGUGUGCUGGCCUUUUUUCUACCAGAAACAAAAGGAGAGAAACUACCAGAAUUCAUCAACCAGGUCAAACCUAUCAGAUGCAUCACCAUGAAGCAGGAUUCUCAGAAAGGCCAGAGGCAGAAAGGAAACGUACAAGUGGAGAAUGGAGUGGACACCAUACAAGAGUAAUAACUGCUCCUACAAUUCACGGUAGCUCAAAUGGCAGAGGCAAGCUGCCAUGACAAAACCCUGAUAAUGCCCUGAUGUUAACUAAAUUCUGUCUAGUUAUCGUCUUACAUUUUAAUAGGUUUGUAAUGUAUAUGAUUCAUUGUAAGGAUUAACUCAACAGAAUUUCAGUCUGGUGAAAUGUAAGACUUCUUCAAAACACAAUGAUUUAAAUUGCAUUUGGGCAGUGUCUGUAAACAUUUGGCUGAAUUAACUACAUGAAUAGUGUUUUUGGUUUAUUUUGGUAUGUGGAAUGAAAGGAGAUUAUAGUCUUGAAUUUUGUUUGUGAACUCUGAUAAAAAUCAUUUGGUUGGACUUCAGAAUUUACGAUUUCAUGUUACAUUUCUUGAGAGACGUAUCCUUUAUCUCAUUGACAGUGAUGAUUGACAGUACUAUACAUUUUUAAAGAUGGCAUAAAAAAAUCUUACAAAACAAUGAAAAGAUAUUAUGAUCUAAUGAGAAAGAUGUUUGGUACAAAGCCAACUUGGCUCAUCACCAAGAUUGUUGGCAGCAGCAUCGUGCUAUUGGGCUGCUUCUCUUCCUGGGGAACGGGGAACAGGGGUUCUAGUCAGAAUACAGGGGAAAAGGAAUAGCUUCAAAUAGGAAUAUAUUUUUGGGGAAACCUUGCCAGAAUACUAGUCUAAAUUAAGGAAUAUAAAUUAACCAGUGUUCUGUGGAAGAUUUAAAAUAUUUGCAAUUUAUUAUGAGAGGCUCAACAGUCUAACAGUUGUUUACUUCAGGUUUAAUUUCGUGGAUCCUCAGGGACAAUCAUCAAAACAAGACAGAGUACAAGUACAGACACCAACAGAGUAGUGUCAUGACAAUUAUUCUGAUCAUACAUUAUUGCUUUCACCUCUUUGUACCCCUCUUUGUCAGCUCCCAAAAUAUUAUCUCUUAUGCUAUAAGAUACAUAUAAGAAAAGAAGUCAUCAUACUAACAGGAAAACAAGAUAGAACUCUACGCCGUUAUGGUAACCGUAGUUCAGAGUUAACAGACCUCCUGAUCUGAGCUACCCCUAGUCUCUGUCCUGCCCGAAUGGAAGAAAGAGUGGAGACACAGGCAACUUCACCUUGGAGCCAUCUGCAGCUGGGCUAUAGAUAAGAUAGGUUAAGGCCUGGUACCUUCGGUUGUGGCCAUAAUCACUUCUGAGAACAGGGCAUACUGACCUGGGUCUUCUCCUAUCCUUGGGAUCCAUGAACAGUCUGGUCAAAUUCAUGUCUGGUCUAACAAAAUAAAAAUAAGGAUAUAAGAAUACAUUAAUUUUCCACAAUUUCUCCCUUUUGUCUAAUCAGGGACUGUAAGAGUUUCUGCCUUUGAAACUCUUAGGCUGUCUUGUACAAAUUAAAGCAUUACUUCAACAGAAAUGAUGUGAAAAUGUUAAAGAUAAUCUCCACUGCAGAAAAGGGGCUGGAACGUGCAUCAUCUAUUGAGAACGAAGUUGGACAAUCAAUUAAUCCAAAUAGUGUAUUUUACUAAUUCUAUUGUAAUUGUUUAUUUUGAGAGUUUUUAGAAUGUUAUUAUCUGUGUUGACAAAGAGGGAUGGUAAACACUUGGCUGAGGGUUGGCAGCCAGACUGAAUCUAACUGAAUUUAUUUAUUUUUAUUUAUCUUUAUUCAUACAGAGAAAUUAACUGAGACCAAUGUUUCUUUUGAACUUGAGCCCUUUAUUACAACAAUAAAUACACAUAC